CUUCUGCGAUGGUUUAGGGGGAGAUGCAGGCAAUGUAUUUGUAGACUAAACCUCACUUUUACAUACAUGCACCCCCAUAUAUAUGUACAUAUAUAUAGCCCAGAAAACCUGUUACACAAAUAAGUAUAUGCUCUUCAACAAAUUCACAAUUUAGGUUACACGCAAUAAAAUCUUGAAAAAAAAUCAAUCAAGUACUACACUUUUUUGAUAAUUUCUUUGUGCUUUUCCGUGGAAUAUCAGACUCUCUUGGUGGGUUAUUCCCAGAAGUUACAAAAAUGCCUACUUUGGUUAAUUACUGUGGUGAUGAUAAACAUCAUACGGGAGGAUCAUUAUGUUCCAUGAAUUCAAACCGUUUAUUUUCCAUUCUUGAUGUUUAUAACCACCCUUGCAAACGUUCACGAAUCAAUGAUUCAUAUAGCCUUUUUUCCAAUAACAAAAACAAUCCAUCAAUCGAAAUCCUCCCGGAUGAAUGUCUUUACGAGAUCUUCCGGCGGUUAUCUGGCGGCAAAGGGAGGAGUGUCGCCGCCUGUGUCUCACUCCGGUGGCUUACCCUCAUAAGUAACCUCAAAGCCUCAGAAAUUAUCGUUUCCAAUAAGGUCAAAGUCAAAGUCAACAACGAGUUUUCAUAUGAUGAUGAACAAGAGAACGAUGGGUAUCUCACAAGGUCUUUAGAAGGAAAGAAAGCAACCGAUACAAGACUUGCUGCCAUUGCAGUUGGAACAUCUGCCCGAGGUGGAUUGGGCAAGCUUUCGGUCAGGGGAAGUGAUAAAGUGACAAGUAUCGGAUUUUCAGCGAUUGCCCGAGGCUGCCCGAAUCUUAGGGUUCUUUCUUUAUGGAAUGUUCCCAUGAUUGGAGAUGAAUCUUUAAUCGAAAUCUCCAAAUGCCAAUUUUUAGAAAGUCUUGAUCUUUGUCAUUGCCCUUUAAUUUCCAACAUUGGUUUAAUUUCAAUAGCCAAGAACUGCCCAAAUCUGUCUUCUUUGACCAUCGAAUCUUGUAAAAACAUUGGAAACAAAAGCCUUCAAACCAUUGCCCGGUGCUGCCCGAAUCUACAAUCACUCACCAUCAAAGACUGCCCGAAUGUUGGUGACCAAGGUGUUGCUACUCUUUUUUCAUCAUCAUUGGUUCUUACAAAGGUAAAGCUUCAAUCUUUAGAUAUAACGGACUUAUCACUAGCGGUGAUCGGGCGAUACGGGAAGUCAAUUACCAAUCUUGCCCUCACAAACCUUCGAAACGUGAGCCAAAAAGGUUUUUGGGCGAUGGGUAAUGCGGGAAAUCUUGAAUCUUUGAUGUCCUUAACGGUAAUUUCGUGUUGUGGGAUCACGGAUUUGAGCCUUAAAGUGAUUGGAAAAGGUUGUCAUGUUUUGAAACAUUUGGUUCUUAAAAAGUGUUGGUUUUUAUCCGAUAAAGGGUUGGUUUCGUUUGCCCGAGCUGCCCGGUUUCUUGAAAGCUUGCAGUUAGAAGAGUGUAAUCGGGUAACCCAACAAGGGAUUUUGGGUACUUUAUCGAAUCAAAACUCAAAGAUGAAAUCUUUUUCGGUUGUAAAAUGUAUGGGGGUUAUAGAUUUAGACGAAAAAGCCAUCGACUUUUUCGAAAAAAAUCAAUCUUUACAUUCUUUAACAAUCAAGAAUUGCAUUGGGUUCGGAAACAAGAACUUGGAAAUGAUCGGGAAGUUAUCUCCAAAUUUACAUAAUCUUGAUCUAACCGGGCUUUCCGGAAUCACCGAUUCCGGCCUUUUCGACUUUCUCAAAACCCGCACCGCCGGACUUAAAAAAAUCAACCUUACCGAUUGCAUAAACUUGACCGACAAAGUGGUGGUGGAUUUGGUCAAGAUCCAUGGCGGAACCCUAGAACUACUCAAUCUUGGCGGGUGCCGGAAAAUCACCGACGAAAGCAUGGCGGCAAUCGGAAGAAAUUGCGGGCUUCUCAAAGAUCUUGAUGUUUCGAAGAGCGGAAUCACGGAUUCCGGUGUUUCUUGGCUGUGUUGUGAAGGGAAUAUGAGGUUGCGGGUUCUUGCUUUAUCGGGUUGUAUGGUUUCGAAUGAAAUUCGAGGGCUUGGGGUUAAUUGGGGUACGCGUGCAUCACAUCCUUUGUCACCUAAUAUUGUGGUGAAGUUAAUGAAGGACAAUGGGUUCGAUAAAGUUAAACUCUUUGAAGCCGAGCCUAGGGUUUUGGACGCGCUUAGAAAUUCAGGACUUCAGGUUAUGCUCGGGAUUCCUAAUGAUUUCUUAGCUCCAUUGGCUAGUGGUGUUAGGGUUGCUGAGGAUUGGGUGGCAAAAAAUGUAUCUGCUUAUGUUUCACGUGGAGUUGAUAUAAGGUAUGUAGCGGUUGGGAACGAACCGUUUCUCAAGACCUACAAAAACAUGUUCACAAACGCAACUCUUCCGGCUCUCCAAAACAUCCAAGCCGCCUUAAUAAAAGCCGGUCUAGGCAGUCAAGUCAAAAUAACAGUCCCACUAAACGCUGACGUUUACGAAAGCAACUCCGGCGUCCCAUCAGAAGGAAAUUUCCGGUCAGACAUCCACAGCCUCAUGAUCUCCAUCGUCCAAUUCCUAAGCGACAACGCAGCACCACUCACCAUCAACAUCUACCCUUUCCUCAGCCUCUACGCCGACCCACAUUUUCCAAUUGACUUUGCAUUCUUCGCCGGAACAAAUGCUCCGGUGGUUGAUGGAACAAUUUCAUACACAAAUGUAUUUGAUGCUAAUUACGAUACCCUUGUGUGGGCCCUUGAAAAGAACGGUUUUCCGGCGAUGCCGGUGAUCGUUGGAGAGAUCGGGUGGCCAACUGACGGUGACCAAAAUGCGAAUUUAGGGUAUGCACGGAAGUUUAACCAAGGGUUGAUAAGCCGGAUAAUUCAAGGACAAGGGACACCGAAAAGGAAAACACCACCGGAUGUUUACAUUUUCGGGCUUAUCGAUGAGGAUCAGAAAAGUAUAGACCCUGCUAAAGGGGUCCGGUACUUAUCCCGACAGUGGUGCGUUAUGGCAGAAGGGGCAAGUGAAUCAGACCCUAAUUUAGCUGAUAGUGUGAAGUAUGCGUGUACUUAUGCGGAUUGUACGAGUUUAGGUUAUGGUUCUUCGUGUAAUGGUUUGGAUGCGCGGGGUAAUGCGUCGUAUGCGUUUAAUCAAUAUUUUCAAACGUUUAAUCAGCAAAAAGGAACGUGUGAUUUUCAUAAUUUAUCUGUUGUUACGAAAAUUCAGCCAACAACAGGGAUGUCGGAUUGUAAAUAUGAGAUUAUGAUUGAUCUUGGGAAGCAUGAGAAGUCGCGGAAUCCGGUGACGUCUGUGGCGGCAUUUGGGUGGAGAUUGCAAGAUUUGAGCUACUCCGGUGUGGUGGUGGUUAUGUUGUCGUUUAUCAUUAGUUGGGUUUCGUGA